GAGACCUGUGUCCACUUGGUAUUCAUAUGCUAUGGAGAGACUUAAAAGUUUAUCACUACUGUCCAGCCCUUGGGAUCCUUACAUUCUGAGGCACCAACGCAGUAUGGAUUAAUUCUUAGACGUGUGUCAGAGUAUCUACAUAGGAACCUUUAUCUCUAGAGUUCUAUUGAUUUCGGAUCAGCAGCUGUGAGGGGCAGAAGCAAUUUCCCAUCAACGUUUGGCUUAACGGAAAAUGCUUUGCCGGGACCAUGGGAGAUUCAUAUUUAUAACAUUGACUCUACUGAUCUUUCACUGUUACAAAGGACUGGCAUUAGAGGCAGUGGAAUAUUCUAGCAAAGGGAGUUCAAAUACUACAAAAGAGGAUCUACUGAUAAAUCAUAGCAGGACUAUUGACACUUUCCAUAAUCUAAACAAGGGCAACGAGAAAAGAAACCAGCAUAAAACGGAAGGCCUUGUACCUUUCAUUGGCCUUACAGACAGCAGCAAACUCAGCAAACAUUGCUGCAAUAAUGGAGGAACAUGUGUCCUGGGAAGUUUUUGUGUCUGUCCGAGGUAUUUUACAGGACGAUACUGUGAACAUGAUGAAAGAACAAAACACUGUGCAGCAAAGAUCCAACAUGGUGAUUGGAUACGCAAGGCCUGCCGUUUGUGUCGGUGCACAUAUGGGGUUCUUCAUUGCUUUGUAGAAACACAGACUGAUUGUGAUGAAGUCGAAGAGGAAGAAAUACAUUCCAGUGCACCAAUGGAACAAUCCUCAAUGUGCCUGAUUGUAUCUGGCAUCCUUUUCUGCAUUUAUACGUGUUAACUUGAUAAGGUUCUGUAUAUACUGUGUACAAUAAAUUCAGCAUCCAAAAACAAGCCUUGAAUCAGCAGCGAGAAAGUGCCUGCCAUUCCGAAGAUGCGCAGAUAAAGAAUGUGAAUGUUACUUCUAUUUAUUUUUUAUGUACUUCUGAAGUAUAUUUCAGCCAAGAUGCAUUUGAGUGCAAUGAACUGCACUACCAAAGACCACAAAAUGUACUGUCAUUGGAAACACCAAAAAAAUGCAUGGAAAAAAAACCCAGUUCAUUGAUGAGUAUAUUUUUUCUCUUAAAGAAUUUACUCUACAUAUACAUAUAAUUUUUAAGAUCUUCACAAAUAAGCACUAUAAAACACCCCUUUCCAUUCCUAUCACGAGUGCUGCCUAAUUUGAUUUGUUUUCCAUAAAAGCUUAUUAGAUAGAAUGCUAUGUAUAAUAUUUCUCAACGAUAUAGUAGUCAUACAGUAUGUGCCUACAUCAAUUGUCCCUGGAAGCCAGUGUAUCAUUCAGAAUCCAUGAGACUUUAAAGGGAUUGUUUAAUGUAACUUUUAGUAGGAUACAGAAUUUCCUAUUCAUGACAUCUUUUUAUUUUUACAAGUUUUUGCCAUCAUCUUAUGACUCUUUCUAGCUGUCAAAUGGGGGUCACUGAUCCCAGCAGCCAAAAACAAUUGCUCUGUGAGGCUACAAAUUAUUUUGUUACUUUUUAUUACUUCUCUUUCUAUUUAGGUGUUCUACUAUUCAUACUUCAGUCUCUUAUUUAAACUACAGUGUGGCUGCUAGGGUAAAUUGGACUACCAGAUAACUGCUGAAAUUACAAACUGGAGAGCUACUGAACAUUAUCUGCAGAUAUGUUCAAACUGAAAAUUCCUUCUACUGAUGUACCUUAUCAGCAGAUGCAUGCCGCAUCAAUAGAUAAUGUAGUCCUUUUCUUUUCCUCUCAGUUUGAAUGGACCGAAUUUGCCCUUUCUGUGUAUAGUCAGUACAGUACAGUAUCUGUUCCUUAAGCCUGCAGCCAAUUGGUCAGAAACCUUAAAGGGUCAGCUAGUAGAUUAUUCACAAGGAAUAGAUGUCCAGUAUGUAAUUUAGAUAGCAAGCAUAUAUACAGUCGUUGGAUAGUAAUCUACAAGUUCUACAAACUGGUCAUUGCUAUUUAGCUAUUCUUGAGGAAGGCCAAAUUGGACAGUAAUGCUCAUAUACAAAUGCAAGCGCAAAUCGCUAUAUAAUGGGUUAAAAAAAUCAGCGCCCAUUGACACUGUUCAGAAAGCUAAAUUGCCCACACAGUGACACAAUGGAACCUGGAAUUAACAUCAGUUAAUGGGCCAAGCAGUAAUUUCUGGUUCCCUUAGUGGGUUAAAUCAAUAGCAAUAACUGACUUGCAGCAUAUAAACUAUAUAUGAACUGGAACACAAUUUCUACCUAGUAUAACAUUAUCUGGAAAGCUGCAGGACAUAACAGCAAAGUAUCAUAGGAUAGCACAAUAAAAA